AUGACCACGUCCAAUUUCUCGUUUAGAUGCCUGGGUAUAGUAAUCAGUGCUUAUUCGGUUAUUGUCGAGAAACAAUGCAUUGAUACUGUCGAUGUGAUGCGAUAUGCCAUUAUCACUGGAGAGCACUCGAUUGCUUUUAAUGACUAUGACGAGAGUCCCUAUAAGGUAUACCUUAUAGGUAGCAUAUAUAAAGGCUCAGCAAAUGCCCUUGUCAACACAGUUGAUCCCUUUAUAUUUUCUCGCUUGGUGCGCCCCAUUUGCCUGCCCCCCAUCCCUGAGUGGUAUGCCCUGUCCUCGAGCACAACUGCCUAUACGACCUCGAAUGGCAUUACGAUUACCUAUCUCAUUAAUAUCGAAGAUGACAUACGCGAGAAAAUAAAACUUAUACACGAGCACAGCAACCAAAAAGGAAAUCAAAAUACCCAUAAUUCUAAAGCUCUCAUAAGCAUUUAA